GAAGGACAUUUGUGCUGCUGCGGUCGUCGUGCGCGAAUCUUUCGUUCUGAUUGCGGUCGUCAAGUUUGGGAAUUGGUGUUCCAAGCGAAAGAAGGGAGUGAAUAGCAGCUGCAAUACUGUAGCUUUCACACGGCGGAUGGGUGGGCAGGAUAUGUCGCCACGAUCCCUCUCCACCCAGCCCGUAGUUCUUCGAUCGUUCGUCCGUGAUACCGAGUGGUGCUGCGAUGAUGUGGUUGCACUUUUUCCUCUGACGCGGAGCGGUGAAAAUUUGAUGGAAACUUUCUAGUAUACAAAAGCAAGGGAAAAGACAUAUAGUUUAUCAUUAAAAGUUAAUUUCUUAGUUGGUGGCAGUUGGUGAUCCAUCUGGAACGAUGGAAAGUGAGGAAAACGGCGACGAAAAAACUGGGAAGCCGAACCCGACCAUGGAUGGCAAGCCUGCGGAAAAAAGUGACGACACCACUUCCGGUGAGUCGGAUGAACUAAAAGAGAUGCUGCUGUCUACCGCAGAAGCGUCGACCUACUCGGCUCAAGAAGUAGCCGCUCGGCUUCGAGUAGACGUCCGAACGGGGCUGCGGUGGUCAGAAGCGAACAGCCGCUCAAAAAUCGUUGGCUACAAUGAGCUUAACGCGUUGGACGAGGAUCCUACGUGGAUGAAAUACGUUCAGCAGUUCAAAAAUCCUCUUAUUUUGUUAUUAUUAGGUUCAGCAUUAGUGAGUGCAUGCAUGCGACAGUUUGACGAUGCUGCCAGUAUUACGAUAGCGAUAAUUAUCGUCGUCACAGUCGCAUUCAUUCAAGAGUAUAGAUCUGAGAAAAGUUUAGAGGAGCUGAAAAAAUUGGUACCCCCAGAAUGCCACUGUUUACGGGAAGGCCGUCUGGAAACAUUCCUUGCCAGGAAUCUCGUCCCCGGCGAUAUAGUGUAUCUCAACGUUGGCGACCGCGUGCCGGCUGAUAUUCGAAUUUUUGAGGGCUUCGAUUUGUCGAUAGACGAAUCGAGUUUUACCGGGGAAACUGAACCGGCCAGAAAAAGCAUCGAGGUGGUGCUGAAUGUUCACAACACCAAAAACCAUACUAGCAUGAAAAACAUCGCCUUCAUGGGAACGCUAGUGCGGUGUGGCAACGGAAAGGGCAUUGUGGUGAGCACCGCUGAAAAGAGUGAGUUUGGAGAGGUGUUCAAGAUGAUGCAAGCAGAAGAAGCACCUAAAACACCAUUGCAGAAAUCAAUGGAUAUUCUGGGAGCGCAGCUGAGUUUUUACUCGUUCUGCAUCAUUGGAGCAAUCAUGUUAUUGGGAUGGAUCCAGGCAAAACCACUGGUGGAAAUGUUUACCAUCGGUGUAAGCUUAGCAGUAGCAGCUAUUCCCGAAGGUUUACCGAUCGUCGUCACCGUGACACUGGCGCUUGGCGUCAUGCGUAUGGCGAAGCGUAACUGCAUUGUUAAGAAGUUACCAACUGUGGAAACCCUCGGUUGCGUAACAGUUAUCUGUUCGGACAAAACCGGCACAAUCACCAAGAACGAAAUGACCGUUACUGUGAUCAUAACCUCGGAUGGUUAUAUGGCUGACGUGACUGGUGCUGGGUAUAACGAUAACGGAGAGAUUCAUAUUCGUGAUUGUAAUAGCAUGGACAACGCAAAACGGAGCCUCAACCAACUACUAGAGGCGGGUGUCGUUUGUAACAAUGCCAUCAUUCAGAACGACACCUUACUAGGACAGCCAACCGAAGGAGCCCUGCUGGCGGCUGCCAUGAAAAAUGGUCAAUAUUCGGCAGCGGACAAUUUUCUGCGGAUACAGGAAUAUCCCUUUAGCUCGGAGCAAAAAAUGAUGGCUGUGAAAGCUGUACCGAAGUAUGCCAACAGUAAAGAGGAAAUCUUUUUUGUCAAAGGUGCCAUCGAAAUAGUUUUGCCUCAAUGCACAAAAUUCUGGUACGGCGGACAGGCGAUCACGCUAAGCAAACAAAACGAAGCCGAGUUUCUCCAGGAGGCGUAUGAGAUUGGAAGAAAAGGUUUGCGAGUUCUAGCCUUAGCUAGAGGAACUUCAUUCCAGGACUUAGUUUACUUGGGAUUGGUUGGUAUUACUGAUCCCCCACGACCAUUGGUUCGAGAAUCUAUUGAAAUGCUACGUGCGAGCGGAGUGCUUGUGAAAAUGGUGACAGGAGAUUCACAGGAAACGGCUAUGGCCAUUGCUUCUAAAAUCGGCCUAGAUAUUGUGCACAUGCAAGCCCUGUCAGGCCAUGAAAUGGACCAGUUGAACGAAAUGCAGCUGGAGAAGGUGAUCAACACGGUUAGCGUGUUCUAUCGGGUAACACCAAAACACAAACUCGCCAUCGUGAAAGCCCUGCAGCAGAAUGGUCAUAUUGUGGGUAUGACCGGUGAUGGCGUCAACGAUGGGGUGGCGUUAAAACGUGCAGAUAUAGGAAUUGCCAUGGGUAAGAAUGGAACGGAUGUGUGCAAGGAGGCCGCCGAUAUGAUUCUGGUGGAUGACGAUUUCCAUACCAUUAUUGCUGCCAUAGAGGAAGGCAAAGGCAUUUUUUGGAACAUUCGGAAUUUUGUUCGUUUUCAACUGAGCACAUCAAUUGCCGCACUUUCACUAAUUGCACUGUCAACACUUAUGAGUAUAUCCAAUCCGCUGAAUGCGAUGCAAAUCUUGUGGAUCAACAUAAUCAUGGACGGUCCACCGGCACAAUCGCUUGGUGUGGAACCGGUUGAUCAGGACGUGCUCAAGCAAAAGCCUCGCAACGUGAAGCAACCAAUGAUUUCCAAAUCGCUUAUUAUUAAUGUGCUGCUGUCGGCCGGGAUUAUCAUUCUGGGAACGCUUUGGGUAUUUCAGCGAGAAAUGGCUGAUGGGACGGGAGUGACCAGUCGAGAUACGACAAUGACUUUCACCUGUUUUGUCCUUUUUGAUAUGUGGAAUGCGCUGAGCUGUCGGUCACAAACGAAGAGCGUUUUCCAGAUCGGUCUACUGACGAAUCGAAUGUUCCUGUUGGCGGUUGGGUUCUCCCUGCUUGGUCAGCUGCUGGUUAUCUACUUCCCCCCACUGCAGAUGGUAUUCCAAACCGAAGCGCUUUCGGUGAUCGAUCUCAUCUUUCUGGUGUCGUUGACGUCCAGCGUGUUCGUCGUUUCCGAGCUGAAGAAGUGGUUCGAGCGGGCCAUGGAGAGGCGAAUGUACCGCAAGCGAAGCGAGUUGGAUUUCGUAUGACAGUCGCCUCACGCUGGAAGAUUGCACAAGAAGGACUAAAGGAACUGAGCAUGAACCCGCAUAAUUGGUAACAUUUACGCAGCACAUACAAACACACUGUAAGAGACUUAUUUAAGCUUAACGUUCAACUCGAGAGGUUAGGAUAAUUUGGAGGAACUGAAAGUGAGCAGAUCGACGAAUUGCGUUUCCACAAAAUAAUCUGUUCUUUGUCAGCUAUGAGGAAAAAAAAAUCCGAAUGAAAUUUAAGAAAAAAAAAUUACACAAUGAUAUUUCCAACCAACAAAAGGAAACGGAUGGUAAGAUCGUGCUAUUUCAAAAUUUUAGGGGGUAUGUGUUAGUUAAGCUUAUUUACACGAAGAACUACGUUUAAUUAGCGUUAUUUAUGGAAUACUUUUUGUAGAUUUUUUAUACAAAUUGAUAUGCCAUUGGCUGCUCAUCAUUCAUUUUAUUUAUACAACCUGAGACUUGUUUCCUCUUUGAUAUAGCUGGAGCUUGACAGGAAAAGUAUAUGUAGUGUAAUACAGUAUAUUCUGUUCUAAGUUAAUUAACUCUUUGUUGUUUUUUUUAUUUUCUGAAAGAACUAUUUUGUUUGGGUUUUCGUUUUCCUAUUAAUGGUUUACUUUGUUAGGUUUUCGCAUAGUAAACGAGUUCUUUACAUUUUAUUUGUGUUCUGUUUCUGUGUAUCAAUUUAUAUCUACUGAUAGCUUGUUUGAUAUGCAUAUCACGUUGUACUUAUUGAAAAAUUUACUUUGUUUGUGCAUUGUGGGAAUACCUUUGCAGUUGUUGACAAUCAUGAAACAAACGAUAUGUCACUUUUUAAAAAACAAUGUGAAUCAAGAAAUUGAUUACUGCUUUGAAAAAUGUUUUUGAAAGGGCGUCGAAUUUCUUUUAUUUAUUUUUAUUUGAUGUCGCAAUUUUUUCGAUUGCCUUUUCAUAACUUUCUUUUCUCCUCAGUGUAACUAACGGGGGCCCGUAAAUAAGGAACAUUAAAGGAUGAUGCUGCUCCUUGUUGGUUUCCCGAAUAACUUUCUAGUUUGGCCUUCUAGUUUGGGAUUUAAUAGCAACAUAAACAGUAACAACACGAAUAGAACUUUCUGUCUGACGAUCAACUUGAAAAUUUAAAUCUUUUAUGAAAUUGUCGUGAAGCAGCAUGAGCCUAAUGUUUAUCGAAAUCCCCCUCGAUGUUUUUUUCACGUUUGAAAUGACAUCCCAGUUAGCGAGCCAAUUUCGAUAACUGGGAAGUGCUCUUCUCCCCGUUAGCGAACAGUUACUGUAGUAUAACUGACCAAAUUAUAAUCCUUCAUUCCUCGUAUAACUAAAAUCCAAACAUUCUCCUUGUUGAUGUGAAUUGAUUGAUGUGAAUAUUAUACUGUGUUGUAAGCAUAUUGCCAUUUCUUUUUUUACAUUCUACUGAAUUAUAGUUAAGCUAUUAAUUUUAGCUUAGUCUAUUUGUUUUGUCAUAUCCUUGAUAUCUGUGUUUUGACAUUUUUUGACAUUUUGCUAAAUUGUAAUAACUUUGUUAGUUACUUUUUUCACCACAAAAGAUCAAAACGCAGUCGCAGUGAUACAUAUCUUACAAAAGAAUACUUUUUCUGCAUAUUUAAUGUGCAAUACUUUGCUCACACAAGUUUAUUUAAACCUUACAAUGGUCGACGAAAAACGAAAAAUUGCCCCUGAGCUAAACUAAAAAAAUGAAAGAUUAUAGCUGUUUAACCAUGAAUGUUGGUACCCCUCGGCAGCAGAACAGCCGGGUUCGUCGUUUUUCCGUUUGCUUACGGGAAAACUUCGUUGAGGUCUCUGAAGACUUGACGCACUUCCGAGCUGGCUAGGGGCACCAAAAAUCACAGGAACAGUUAAAAAACUCUGAUCUUCCACCGCAUUUUUUUCGCUUUUGUCGAUCAAUGUUAUUCUUCAACUCAAGUUAAGCAUCAUUUUGCAUUUCAUCUUGGGAGGCGUGUAAACAUUCCCAUCUCUAGCUUUCUUUCCAAUCCUAAAAAAUCCAGGUCCAAUCCUAAAUAAUCCAGGUGAAAAAGGGAAAAUGUUUAGUAAACGAAACGGUGCAACGUCAUGUGCAUUUUAUAAAUAUUGAAUAUUCUAAUAAAAUCAUUUCUGUCUGAUAGUACAAUGGUAAAAAGUGCGGAACAAACCUGAAAAUGAAAAGAAUGGCCAAACAUAUCGAGAAAAAAAUUGCGGUGUCCAACUACUAGCUAGCUGACUAACUCAAGAUUCCCGAGGAAAAGAGCACAAGUAAUAAAAAACAUGCGUAGUAUGAGUAGCAAAUAUUUACCAACGUUUAGUAGGAUAUGUUCUAGGUACGAGGGUACAGGCACGAACCAUCAGCGGCAAACUUCUUUGCUGUACCGUUCAACCGGUCAGAUGGAUUAUAAGCGAAAGCGGAAAACCUUUUACGCUCUAUCACUAAGUUUACGUAUAUUUAUGGCAGCAGUUGUAAUCACAAUCAGUGAAAACUAAAGACAAUAGAUUCGCGGCGUGUGAAAAAGGUAGACCUGUCCAUCGCCGGUCAUUUCCGAUUGGUUUAUGGGCAGUAGCUUAAGUGUAUAUUCAUAUAUUUUUAUUACGUAAACGAAAGGUGCAACUGUAGGAAAACCCACGUUUCGUGGAGGUAGGUUGGUGACUUUUUGAAGUUUCGAACCAGCAGAAUGCGCGGAAUGUGGUUUGGUUGAGACAGGUAUUUGGUUUGCAUUAGUAAUGCAGCACAUUGAUUUUAUUACUCUAGCUAAACGCCGUUAGCGAUUUGAACCUACAGUUUAUUCCAUUUGAUGCGACAUAAAGAAAGAAAGGAAAUGUGUAAACUUCUGGAUUGUGUUUGAGAGAAUUGUCUGAUUUGAUACCCCCUUCCUAAUACAUUUCGAGCGUUCCCAUUAUAAUUUAUUUGAUUACUAUCCUUACAAUAAAACGAACAUAUGUUGAAAUUUGUGGAUUGCAAUUUGUGGUAUAAGUAAAACAAAACAGUUAAGGUUGAUCUGAUUGGUUGUCUUCUAAAAGUGAUUGAACCAAAAGCACCAAAAUAAAAUGCAGCAAUAUGAAAAACACCAAUAAAAGCGAAAACAUCAGCAAUGUCUAUCAGUCUUACGAUGAAUGGAAGGACCACCAAACAUCACCAAGCAAAUCUUCAAGCGUGAGAGGAAAAAAUCGAUACUAAUCUAACAGUUCGUGAAAUUUUUGCAAAAAAAAAAACGACAGAAAAAUUAUAAUAAUAGUUUGUAGAAUUGGUGAAUACAAUAGAAAAUGAGAUCACAAAUGAAACAAAAAGGCACUUAGUUCAGCUGCAACAAUAAUAUUGAAUUGAAUAAUUAUUAGAAAAAAUCAAAUUAAAAAUAGAAUAGGAUGAGUUUCAACUUUGAAAAGAAUAAAUAAAAAAUAAUUGUUUCGUUGUUUAGUUAUAAACGAUACAAAUCCGUAUCACAGCGCUUAGUAAUAUGGCUUAGAUCACAUAACUACACGCGUAAGCAGCACUUCAUCGUCAUUUUAGAAGCACAAUCAAUUAAUGCAAUCAACUUCAAAUACACGGCGCAGAACGAGAUGUUCAAAACGACUGUUUUGCCACCACAUCAUCAUCACAAUCCACCAUCACGGAUUUAAGAUAAAAAUAAUCUCUCGACAGUUCGCUGUACAUACUAAACAACUUAAAACCUACUAUUCCUCAUAAUUUGAUGUGAAAUUUACAACGUAAAGUAUCCUCUCGAAUGAAUUUUCUGCAAAGGAAAAACACAACUUCACUCGCUUGCCUACAUCCGCCAAUAAAAAUUGGCUUGAAAAUUUCUAAAACUAUUCUAUCAUUCUAGCUCAUUUCACAUAUCAAAAAACCAUUCCUAAACUUUUUGUUCUUUCUUUAAUAUCAGUUCCGAAAAACUUUCUAUCCUGCAUAGACACACACAUGCACAACUCACACACAAAUACCUUUUCUCAAAUGCUACAAAAUCGAAGCUAUAUUUUCAUCUUUUACUAACGAUAUUUACAACCAUAUAUAUGUGCGCAUCAGUUUUCCUAUACAUUGCAAUGUUUGUUGUACGCCAUGGCCAGUAAAAUGCGUCAUUAUACUAAACAUGAUAAAAAUAGUAGAACAACAUGCAACACGGAUACAAUAAUAUUAGUGACAACACAAGUGAAAGGAAACAACACUAAAUAAUACAGCUGCAUUACUUAAUCAGUAUACAUUUCAGCAAAACAAAAAAAAAAAGGAAAGAAAUAAACACAAAAAAUAAACCAAAUGAAUCUGCCUGCGCCAGAUGAUGCGCUUGCAGAUUAUCAAAUCGUAAUAUCUAAAUGUAGCAGAAACAAGCGUUUAGAAUAGUCAACUAAGUGAAACCAAAAGUAUAGGUUGCAGGAUAUUAUAACCGGUAGUCUUGCAGAGAUUCACAACCACCGGAGUUCUGGCGAGUGUUGUGAGUUUUUGCUAGUUCCGUUGUGAUUGAUAUUAUCCUUAUUUUACGCUAGCGGAGUCUCGAAGCUCAGUAAUUUUGUACCAAUGUUUGGAAUUUUCCGCAGAUGGAACCUAAUUGGAAACGUAAACUAUACUUUGAACUUCUUUGACCAAAAAACUUGAAGUGCAUAACUAGUGCACUCUCACUCACAUUCGUUGGUAAAGAAACAAUAAAUUUUACAAGUUUA